AGCCCGUGGCCGCGGCGGAGCUUAAGCGCCUGCGCAGUACCUACACUAGGCGCUGGCGCCAAUAGAGGCUGGCGGGAGUAAGUACCAUGGCAUGGAUUCCAGCCGAGUCUGCGGUGGAAGAGUUGAUGCCACGGUUGUUACCUGUGGAGCCCUGUGACUUGACGGAAGGUUUCGAUCCCUCGGUACCCCCCAGGACGCCUCAGGAAUACCUGAGGAGGGUGCAGAUCGAAGCAGCCCAGUGCCCAGAUGUUGUCGUAGCCCAGAUUGACCCAAAGAAGUUGAAAAGGAAACAAAGCGUGAACGUUUCUCUUUCGGGAUGCCAGCCUGCCCCUGAAGGUUAUUCCCCAACACUUCAGUGGCAGCAGCAACAAGUGGCACAUUUUUCAACUGUUCGACAGAGUGUGCACAAGCAUAGAAAUCACUGGAAAUCGCAACAGUUGGAUAGUAAUGUGACAAUGCCAAAAUCUGAAGAUGAAGAAGGCUGGAAAAAAUUUUGUCUGGGUGAAAGGUUAUGCGCUGAAGGAGCUACUGGACCAUCUACAGAUGAAAGCCCUGGGAUUGAUUAUGUGCAAGUUGGUUUUCCUCCCUUGCUUAGUAUUGUAAGCAGAAUGAAUCAGGCAACCAUUACUAGUGUCUUGGAAUAUCUAAGUAAUUGGUUUGGAGAAAGAGACUUUACGCCAGAAUUGGGAAGAUGGUUUUAUGCUCUGUUGGCUUGUCUUGAAAAGCCUUUAUUACCUGAGGCUCAUUCACUAAUCCGACAGCUUGCAAGAAGAUGCUCUGAAGUGAGGCUCCUCGUGGGCAGUAAAGAUGACGAAAGAAUCCCAGCUUUGAAUCUGCUGAUCUGCUUAGUCAGCAGGUAUUUUGAUCAACGUGACUUAGCUGAUGAGCCGUCCUGAUAGAGCUUACCUCCUGGGAUGGAAGAUCAUUCUGUGAAGGGAGCCUGAGUCUGAGGAAGCAUAAUUCCAGCCUGCUGACAGAUUGCAUCACUUCUUCAAGUUAUGGGAAGGGUUUCAUCUUAACCUGCAGCUCAAGUUGAUAUUCAAAAUAUAGACUUGAUUGGUUUCUGUGUCUGAAAUAUCUGUGGAAAAGUCCACCUGGUAUCUGAUGAGCCGUUGGAGCAGUGUUCUUCAGUUGCAUGCUUUGAAAAUAGGUCACAUGUGACUCAUUACGUACUACUUAAGCAGCCUGUAUAAAAGCUGAUGACACUUUAUACAGGCCCCCGGUGCUGCUUCAUUGGUUUUUACAGGUAUACAUAUAUGUUUAUGUUAAAAUGUAUUUUGGCUACCAAAAUUUUAUUUGACUCUUGGACAAAAUAAAAGACAGUGGAUGCCCUUAGAAUUGCACUUCA